AUGGCUAACACAAAGCAGAGAAUAGAUCGAUGGUCUUCAUCAGAGAAAAUAACGUUAAACGUUACACAACCGACAUAUAGUCGAACACCAAUCGUUGAAUCAAUGUCUAAUAACGACGAUUCUGAAAAAAACCAAAGCUUAAUUAAUACAACGAUUGACGAUAUUGAGCAUCUGCAUUUACCUGAAAUUACUCAAACGAAAAAUUUAUCAACAAGAUCUACACCAUCAGAUAUUAUGACUCAACAAGCGCUUCGUCUUGCUGAAAAGAUCAAUGAUCAAUAUUUAACAUGUAAAAUAUGUCUGGAACCAUUCAAAGAUCCAAAAUGUUUAACUUGCCUACAUACAUUUUGUGAACAAUGCAUUGAAAGUCAUGUAUCUGCUCAAAGAUCAUAUAAAUAUACUGAUUAUCGUGAAUUCGCAUGUCCGAUAUGUCGAAAGAAGACUGCUAUUCCAUCGGGAGGUGUUCAAAAGUUGCCAGACAAUUUUCUUAUUGCUGGCUUAUCGGAAAUGAUAACUCAAAAGAGUUUAGGAGCAAACGGUUCAGUAAAAGUAUCAACAAAUUGUGAAAUAUGUAAAACUGUUCAUGAUCGCGAACGAGAAGCAACAUCACGAUGUCUUGAAUGUCAAAAAUCUCUGUGUCGUCAUUGUGUACAAGCCCAUCAAACAAUAACAAUUACACGUAAUCAUUCAAUAUACGAAUUAGAAAUUGAAAAAGAUAUUUUAUGCAAACAUCAUCAAACAGAAUUUGUUCGUUAUUAUUGCGAACAAUGUGAAACAUGCGUUUGUAUUGCUUGUACAUAUGCUGCUCAUCGUGAUCAUGAAUUAUCUGAUUUUCGAGCAGCUGCUGCUAACCACAAAGCAUAUAUAAAUGAAUGUCUCGACGGUUGUAAAGCACGUAUGAGUGAACUAGAAGCAUAUUUAAAUGUUAUACGUCGAUGUGAUGCUAAUAUAGCUCAAAUUGAAGCAAGUAUACAUUCAUUAGCAAAUACAUUCGAAAAAUCUCUACGAAUAAAAGAACAAGAACUUAUUCAACAAAUUACUGAGCUAUAUGGUGAUGAAACAAAUGAAUUUAUAAAACGUCGAGAAGAAUUAGAUGAAUAUUACGAACAAAUUAAGAAUACAUGUUCACUAACUGAACUUGUUAUACAUGGAAAAGAUAUUGAAUUGUUAUUAGUUAAAAAACAAUUAUUGGAAAAAUUUCGUGAACUGGAUGCUGUUGAACUUGAUCCAUUGCCAGAAAAUAUUUGUAUGAGAAUUGAUUUUCAACCUGGACAACUAACUUUGGGUACAUUGAAAAUAUGUGAAGUAACACCGAUCGAUGAUGAUGAAUGCGAAGGUGAAUUAGAAGAAGAAGAAGUAGUAGAAGGAGGAGGAGGAGGAGCAGAAGAAGAGCAACAACACGAACAAGUUGGACAACAUAUGGUUUUAGAAGAAGAAGCAGAAGAAGAAGAAGAAGAAGAAGAAGAAGAUGAAGAAGAUGAUGAUGAUGAUGACGAAGAAGAAGAAGAAGAUCACACUGAAAAUGAUGAAGAAAAUAAAAUAAACAAUAAGAUUGAUUAUAACAAUGUUAAUUCAAAAUCAAAUAAAACAUUUUCUUCAAAAGCAAUUCAAACAGAAGAUGUGGAAACUAUGACACAAACUGUACAGACAAUGGACAUAUCAUUUUCUACAAAUGAUCUUAAUUUUGAAAACGGUAAUCUUCCAACGUCGCUUGUGCCAACUGACGAAAAUGGUUCUCUUUCACCUACUAACAUUGAAACAUCAUCGUCUGCACCUCCGGCUAUAUCUUCUGAUGUGAAUACCAAUAUUUAUGAACAAAGUAAUAAAUUAUCGCGUCGUGUUCGGCGGUUACUUAAGCCAACGUGCAGUGUAGCUGUUUUACCUAAUACGGAUGUAAUUAUUCUUGAUUGCGAACAAAAUCUUGCAUCGAUUCUUGAUAAAAAAGGCAAAUUUAAAUAUUGUUUUACGUCAGAAAUUCCUCCAACUGAACGCAAAGGUUUUGCUGUAUCUGGGUUUUCAUCGACAGCCAGUGUUAGUGCUGCUCCAGCUGGUUCAAAUCGAACUGUUCGUAUACCAACACAACAAGGUUUAUUAUGUAUUAAAUUGAAAGGUGAACGUGUUAGCGAGUUACCAUUUGGCUUUACUGUACAUGCUUUCAAUUCAAUAGCAGAAAGUGACAAUUGA